CGCCCUAGGGAUCUUGUGCUGUAUAAGGCUGCAACACGCAGGCGCGAAAGCUGAGGGGAGAGCGACGAGGAUCUAACUGGGCGCCUAACUUACUGCUUGAAAACUUGAAACUCCACAAACACAGGAUACGAGAAGGGGGGCAUACCACGAAACUUGAGAGAAGUAUCUCUCGCCGGAUCGUGUUUGAGGACAGGAAGAAGUGCCACGCAGUUUUCUACAAAAUGCCAUCGUGUCGUCUGCUCUGUCUUCUGCUUCUCCCGCUGUUAGCUGUCAGCGCGUCAGACGACCUGGAGGAAGACUAUGUGCCACAGAGCAAAUCAUCCGAGUCCCACAUUUUGUCGGAUCCUCUGUCCCUACCCCCCGAUGGCCGCCUUAUGGAUGGGCGACUAAACUUGCCCCGCGGGUGGGCCACCCUGUUCGACAGACUGUCCAGCGUGUCCUCAGACCAGGUCAGGACAUCCGGGGAUGCAAACGCUCAAACGAAACGCGUCUUCUGCAACGGCUUCACCGGAUGUGGCGGGAGGUCCCGGGGCAGGAGGUCAGGUCCUGAUGGCAAAUCAUCCGAGUCCCACAUUUUGUCGGAUCCUCUGUCCCUACCCCCCGAUGGCCGCCUUAUGGAUGGGCGGUUAAACUUGCCCCGAGCCUGGGCUACCCUGUUCGACAGACUGUCCAGCGAGUCCUCAGACCAGGUCAGAACACCAGGGAACACUGACGGUCUGACGAAACGUGUCUUCUGCAACGGCUUCACCGGAUGUGGCGGAAGGUUCCGGGGAAGAAGGCGACAACAUCCCCCAGUCCUCGGCAAGCGGCCAUUUUGUAAUUACUUCGGCUGCGGUAAUGCCGGUAAACGUUCUGAGGCUCCGACAAAAGCCGUGGCUCAGCGAGUGAUGCGGCUACCGGACGACAUCAGGAAGAGGCUGUUCUGCAACAGCUUCGACGGCUGUCGGGGCCGCAAGAGGGCGCUGUACUCCAACUGGUUGUCCAAGCUCCAGGGCAUCGCCGAUGACCUCUAGAUCCUGGAGAACACAUUAAGGUGCUGUGUUAACCACAUAUGGCGCUGAGAGAAAAGUGACGUCACCAUCUAUUACAGAAUUAUCCCCCUUCCGCCUCCGUCUUCAUCAUCCUGUCAGCAUCAUUCUAGUUUUGUAGCACAUGCCUCUUCUGUGAAUCAUAAUGACGUCACCUCAUUGAACACUGAACUGGAUGACGUCACUUUUCGGGUGAAAGGUCAUAAAGUACGUGAGGUGUUUGGCAAGAUGGAGUAACUUUAUGACCAUUGAUCAUUAUUGAUGACGUCACCAGGACACCUCUUCUGUCCGAGCAGAGGCCUUUAGGAACCGCUGGUAACAGAAAAUAGACUCACAGGAAAUAGUUUAAUAUGGAAUUAAUGGACCCCUAAUUAUCUCGCUCGUAAAAUGAGUUGAUAAGAGAAUAAAGAUGACGUCAUUAGUUACAGCAGAUUGGCUCUGGUAAGCAUAUGCUGCUUAGUGUAUUCUCCUGGUAUUCUCCUGGUAUUCUCUUGAUAAUGUUUGUGUCUGCAUCUCCCUCGAGAAGAAGGAAAGAGUGAGGGCUCCCUCCAGCAAUAAGUCUUACCUGUGAUGAAACUUGUCCUGUUCGUGUCUGAUGUUUACAUUCUAUCGAACCCAUAUCUGUUACAGCGGAAUUGCAAGGACUUAAACAAGCCCUGUUUCAUUAAUGGCGUUAAAUUACGAUAUUAGUGACGUAACUUAUAUAUCAAAUAUAAAAAAAGGAAAUAAAUGCAAUGUACAGUGUCUCGUUGUAUGAGAACGUUGAUUCACUUCAGAAUAUAUACAUAUACAUUGUAUAUAUAUAUUGUGAUGAGCAAACCGUGUAUAAAGAUGAGAAUAAAUAUCAUUCCAAAAGACAA